CGGCUGCUGUAGUAGCAUGGAGCACGACGCGCCCGCGGCAAACACCGCCACUGACACGGUGGUCGAUGCACCGAACGAAUUAGUGCAAGAACCAGACGCUCCGCUGGUCGGUACUCCCGUUGGUACCGACGUUUCCACUGUUCAAGAGGAAAUCAACACGGUACAAGAGAUGGAAACGGACACCGAUAAACAAUUGGAUGACAACGUGUCCCAGCAGCAAGUUGAGGCGGGAGAUGCUGCAAGGAAAGAAGAUGAUACUGCAGAUAAUGGUGACUUGACUGCCGGUGAGCAUCAGGAGCAACACGACGAAGUGAUGGCGGACCCGACGGCUUCGGAUCCUGCUACUGCUUCACAGCAAGAGGACGAAACUUCAGAAGAGAAGGACACGGUUAACAACGACCCAGCGAACAUAACGACUCAAGAAGUAAACAUGACUGAAGCGUCUAUAGCGAAUGAUGAAGCUACUUCCGGAGCUUGCCAGGAGGAAGCGUCAGCGGCACAAGACUCUGCAGAUGCGACAGCAAAUGCUGCUGGGAAUGAAGAGCAAGAAGCUGGGAAAGAUUCGUCUGUGAUGAGUGUAGGAGACAACAGUGCGUCGUCUCCACCAACACACGAUGAGAGUGAAUACGACCCGUCGGCUCCUUCCUUGAUAGUGGAUCCUGUACCUCACGGCGAGGACGAGUAUGACCCAGCCAAUCCGUCUCCUGCUGGAACUCCAGUUGCAAGCAAUGCACCAGGCUUUACCCACCGGCCAUCUACGGAACAGGAAGAAUACGACCCUGAUCAUCCGUCCAUGACACCCGCAGCUGAGGAACCUGUAGCAAUGGAAGUGGAUCAUACAUCGUCCAACCCCACUGCUAGCGAACACGCUCCUCAUGCUGCGGCGUCGAAUAACUUGUACGAACGUCUGCCACCUCCAGUGAAAGCUGUAGUCGACAGCAUGCGCCGUGAAGGAAGACUACAGGAGCCGCUGAACGAUAACGUGAUCACGCGGUUGUUGCAUCUGCCCGAGCCUGUAGCACUACAAGCCGUCGAGAAUUUCAGCAACGUGGAUCUGUCACAAGUGGAGAACUUACAAGGCUUUCUGGUGGGAAUUAUCAACCGUGUAAACGAGAAGGCGAUUGCCUCUGAAAAACAUCACCGACCGCAAGUGCCUUCUCCUCGAGGACAAGCUCCUUCUGCGAUGUCUCGAGGUUAUGGAGCUCAAGAUGGUUCUGUUCUUGGAGGACCCCCUCAAGGCGGGCGUUUGAACAACACCGGAGCAAAUACCGGCGGCUACCGUGGCCAACCAGCCCCCAUGAAUGCAGGUCCUGGACCUGCACUGUAUGAACGGCCCUACGAGGCCCCACAGGAUCCGCGGGACCCGCGUCGUCGACAACCAGCGCCUCAGGGGCCGCCUCAAUAUGGCGGAGCAGUACGUGGACCUCCCCAGGUCGGUGGACGUGCACCUAUUGGAAUGCAGUCGUUUACUGCACUCCCAAUGUCGGUGCAGAACCACGUUCACUCGUUGGUGGCGAAUCGUACACUGUCAUCGUUAGAAGAGCUUGGUGGCAAGUGCUACGAAGUACUGGGACAACUUUCCGAGCCACUAGCGAACCAAGUUCUCACUCGGUUUGCUGGUGCCAAUCUCUCCAAUGUCCGCAACAAGAGCGGAUUCCUCAUUGGCGUUGUCAAGCGAGCGCGUCAGGAGUACGGCUUCAACUAA